AUGAGGGCAUCUGAUUACGAACUUACCGUGAGGUUUUGGAACAACCAAGCGCGGAACUUUGUGAUCGCUUCUUUCGAAAAGACUUUCGGCACUUUGCGCUUGUGGCCAUUUAUGGAUCCGUUCUGGCCGUCGCUCAGCACGCUUUCACGACCAUCUUCGUUCGAGCCACACAACGACAAGAGCUCGUCUCCUAUAAACUCACCUUUGAGUGGGGUGCAUUGGGUGGAGUCCCGCACCGAUCCGCUUGCUGCGCUUGGAAGAAUAGAGCUCAGAAGAGAUAAGAGAAGAGUAAGAGAGCUCCGAAUGAGUGACGAACAUAACACUGACAUGGAACUUACCACUCAUACAUUUAGAGUUUAG